AAACAUGCAAUGCAAUUAUUUCACUUAACAGUGGAAAUAAAAAAGUUUACAUUGAAGGACAUUAUUGAUAUGGCUGCUGACCGUGGUGCAUUCAUCGAUCAAUCACAGUCGUUAAAUAUAUUUAUAGCACGUCCCAACUACGGCAAUAUUACUAGCAUGCACUUUUAUGGAUGGCAAAAGGGCUUGAAAACUGGGAUGUAUUACUUACGAACGAGACCAGCAGUUGAUGCAGUGCAGUUUACUGUUGAUAAAACUCGUCUGAAAGAAUAUAAUAAUGUUGAUGCAGAUAAAGGUUCUAAGUCAGGAUCUAAUUUUACCCCUAGUUCUGUUGGUGAACUAACAGCAAAAAUGGAGUGUGUGAUGAGCAGUGGAGAUUCCGUCAUAAGGUUCAAGGCAGUUAUAUGCAGUGGCUCGUUUCUUGCAUGCGGUGAUUCGCGUGAAAAUUCUGCUAAAAUUGAAUUUUUGUUGGAAUUGAAAAGCUGGUACAAUGAAGAAGGACCAUUUCCACUCGUGGUCGCAUUUGGGCGGCAAAUGUCACGCCCAAUAGCCCGCAAAAUUAUAGCUUAUGCAAUUAAGCACCCAUAUCUUAGGAACAGAAUUCUUGUUCCAGUGGGCAGAAGUCUGCAUGCUAUUUCGUUUCGUCUGCGGAUCAAAAGUAUAGGCCUUGCUGUUCCAUCAAAAACACCAAAUGUAACCGAACAACAGGCAAUCGAAAUGGCCAGCGAAACACUUGUAGAAGCACUUAUCUAUUUGUUAACCGUAUUAUUGAUAUAUGCAAUCUACCGAUCAAAUCCGGAAAAAGCUAAAGCCAGCGAUGUAGAAAAAUACGUUAAAGAAAACGAAGAGAGAAUAGUAAAGUUUGAAGAGAAGCUCAAAGAACACGACGAAUUAACGGUCAAGAUUGUGAAGAUCAUCCGUGAAAAAAAUCUGGAUGAGAAGAACAUUUUGGCAGAUAAAGGUCAUAAAGGUCAACUUUUGUCUUUUAUUGGUGACAAAAUGAAGACACUGAUGCCUGGGCAAGAUAAAACAUCUCGUUAG